AUGUCCGCCGAACUAGCUGCGGCGCCGAUCCUGUCGACACCCGAUGACCGUAUAUUCGAAGUCGCUGCUGAGCUCAAGGCGACCUCGUCCUUGAGCGACGAUGAAGUCCGCGAAAUCUACGAUGUCGAACGAACGGUCACGGAGUUAUUGGCUGGCAGCUGGACCAAGAUUGCGCUUCAGUUCCCAGACCACAUGCUUGUGGAUGCACCAAAGGUUGCAGAGAUAUUGGACCGAGACAUAGAAGGCCGUCGCGAAGGCAAGACGCCUGUCAAAAUAUCCAUUCUCGCCGACACGAGCUACAGCUCCUGCUGCGUUGACGAAGUCGCUGCAGAGCAUGCUGAUGCUGAAGUCGCAGUGCACUAUGGACGAACAUGUCUGAGCCCCACGAGCCGAAUUCCUGUGAUAUACAUAUACACUACCCACAAGUUGGACCAUGACGCUGUGCUGCAGAAGUUCCGCAAAGAAUUUGGCGAUGCAACCAGCAAAGUGGUCAUCAUGGCUGACUUGACAUACCAAAGUCAUGUGGCUUCGGUGGUGAAGCUCCUGCAAGAAAGCGGCUACUCAGAUAUAAUCGCUACAGAGGCCACCAGGGACCCGGCCGGCGUGCUACCGAACAGGAGAAUUGUCGACAAAGAAUUAGACGCAGAGCAACUGAAGGAAUACGCGUUAUUCCAUAUCGCAGAUCCACCACAGUCGCUUCUCCUAGCACUGAGCUCUCGCUUCGCCUCUCUCCAUAUCCUCUGUAUCCCCUCGCCCUCGAACCUCACGAUCGACAACCCCACGAUUCAAACGGCCGGCCUUCUUCGGCGGCGGUUCGCCAAGGUCUUGUCACUGGCAUCGGCGGGCGUCAUAGGAAUCCUGGUCAAUACGCUGUCCGUGUCAAAUUUCCUACCAUCAAUCGACCUCUUGCGCGCAAAAAUCGACAGGGCAGGGAAGAAGAGCUACACGAUUGUCGUUGGCAAACUAAACCCAGCAAAAUUGGCCAACUUUGCAGAGAUUGAGGGCUGGGUCGUGGUAGGCUGCUGGGAAAGCGGACUGAUAGAAGAUGACGCCAGCUACUGGCGACCGGUCGUCACCCCAUUUGAGAUGGAAGUGGCUCUGAUGAAUGUAGAGGACAGGAUCUGGGGAGAUGAGUGGUGGGGAGGCAUCGAGAAGCUCAAAGUGGAAGACAAAGAGACAAAAACAAAUGGAAGUCACUCCGCGCUGAAUGACAUGCCGCAGGAGAAUGAGGCGGACGACGACAUUGACGAGGAAGAAUCGAUGCCGCCUGAAUACGACCUCCGCACCGGGCGACUCAUUAGCCAAAGCCGGCCCAUGCGCUUAGCGGUCCGCUCAGCGGCUGCUAGCAGUGGGGAGAACGAAGACGGAGAGCUCAAGACCUCGGGAACCGCGCUCAUCUCGAGAGCACCGGGCGAAAUCGCCAGCAUCAAUGGUGUCGCCAGCCCAGGGGCAGAGUUUCUGCGCUCGCAAAGAACAUGGCAAGGGUUGGGCACUGAUUUUCAGCAGGAAGCUAGCACUCUGGUGGAGGAGGGCAGGAGUGGUAUCGCGAGAGGCUAUAAAGUUGGUGAUGAAGACCAGGAUAAGCAUUAG